AUGAAGUUCACCUCGCUCUUCGCAGGAGCCCUGUUGAUGGGCUCCGCCUUCGCCGCCGUCAAAGGCGACCUCCCCUCCACCGAGACCGUCACCAUCCCCAUCACCACCGCCAACUCGCGCGGUGCUGCCGACGUCAAACCCAAGCUCAUCGCCAAUCUCGUCCUCGACAAGGUCAACGACGUCCUCACCACCUCCUCCAUCCCCACACUCUCCAAGAUCAAACGUCACCGACGCACCGCCACCGACCUCCUCGCUCGAGCUCUGCCGACGCUUCGUUGGCCGUACGACUCCACCACCCGCAAAGUCCGCGGUGUCUCCCUCGGCGGUUGGCUCGUGGUAGAGAACUUCAUCACUCCUUCCAUCUACGCUUCCACGGGGAACGACAACAUCAUCGACGAAUGGACCUUCGGUGCCCUCCAAUCCCGCGACCAGGCCGUGUCGAUCCUUCAACCGCAUCUGAACAACUUCGUCACGGAGGAUGAUAUUCGUCAGAUCGCAGCGGCGGGGUUGAACCAUGUGAGGAUCCCCAUUGGGUAUUGGGCGUUUGAAGUUUCGUCCGGAGAACCGUAUUUGAAGCUCAACCAGUGGGAUCUGCUCAAGCAGGCUGUCGGGUGGUGUGGAAAGUACGGAUUGAAGGUGUUGGUGGAUCUGCAUGCUGCACCGGGCAAUCAGAAUGGUUUCGAUCACGGUGGUCAUCGUGGUGUCUCCACCUGGGCUUCCAAUGCCACGAAUGUUCAGCGUACGAUCAACAUCUUGCAGACCAUGUCGAAGGAAUUCUCCCAAUCCAAGUACGCCAACUCGGUGACGGCGUUGGAAUUGCUCAACGAACCCGUCACGGAUAAGUCGGUUGUACUGGACUUCUACCAACGAGCCUACGAAGUCGUUCGUUACCCCAACGGCCGUUCCUCCCCCGCAUCCCCCCUCCUCGUUGCCAUCUCGGACGAAUUCGUCUCCCCAGCAUACUCAAACUACUGGGACGACAAACUCCGCCCUCCUACCUACGAAGCCGUCGCGAUCGACACCCACAUCUACACCAUCUUUGACGACAAAUCCCUCCGUCUCUCCUCCAAAGACCGCAUCAACUACUACUGCUCGCUCAAAUCCAAAUGGACCUCGUCCAACAAGAUCCACUGGCAACUGCUCGGAGAGUGGUCCCCCGCCUUCACCGACUGCGCCCAGGGUGUCAACGGUAGAGGCAGAGGAAGUCGCUACGACGGAAGCUUCAAGGGAAGUCAAGGUAAAAUCAACAGCUGUGCGGGCAGGAGUGGAAGCGCAGCCACCUUCUCGCAGAACUACAAGAAUCUACUGGGUAGGAUGUGGGAGUCUCAGGUGGAUGCCAACGAGGGUGGUGUCGGCUGGAUGAUGUGGACCUGGAAGACCGAGAGUGGCGCAGCGGAGGACUGGAGUUACCAGAAGGGCUUGCAGUACGGAUGGAUCCCCAAGGAUCCAACCCAGAGACCUCAGGGUGUCAAGUGCUGA